AUUCGCCGCUUCGCGCCGGACGGGGAGCGCCAGGGGAAGCACGGGCCGCGGAAAGGGCGCUGCGCUCGGGCUGCCCAAUGCGUGGACUAUCUGCAGCCGCUGCUCAUGCAAUAUGCUGGAGCUCCAGAACAGCUAAACGGAGUCGCCACACUGCUGCCUGGGCUGGAUCACAGCACUGCCUUUCCUUAUGAAGAAGACACAAACUUGGAUUAUCACUUGCAUUUAUCUUCAACUGCUCCUCUUCAACCCUCUCGUCAGAACUACCGGGAUCUGCGUGAACCGUGUCACUGAUGAUGUGAAGGACGUCACCAAACUGGUGGCAAAUCUUCCAAAAGACUAUAAAAUAACCCUCAAGUAUGUCCCCGGGAUGGACAUUUUGCCUAGUCAUUGUUGGAUAAGCGAAAUGGUGGAACAGUUGUCAGUCAGCUUGACUGAUCUUCUGGACAAAUUUUCAAAUAUUUCUGAAGGUUUGAGUAACUAUUCUAUCAUAGACAAACUUGUGAAAAUAGUGGAUGACCUUGUGGAGUGCAUGGAAGGACACCCAUUUGAGAAUGUAAAAAAAUCAUCUAAGAGCUUAGAACCCAAGCUGUUUACUCCUGAAGAAUUCUUUAGAGUUUUUAAUAGAUCCAUCGAUGCCUUCAAGCACUUGGAGAUAGUGUCAUCUAAAACUAGUGAAUGUGUGGUUUCUUCUACAUUAAGUCCUGAAGAAGAUUCCAGAGUCAGUGUCACAAAACCAUUUAUGUUACCCCCUGUUGCAGCCAACUCCCUUAGGAAUGACAGCAGUAGCAGUAAUAGGAAGGCGUCAUAUUCCAUUGGAGACUCCAGCCUGCAAUGGGCAGCCAUGGCAUUGCCCGCAUUCUUCUCUCUUAUAAUUGGCUUUGGCAUUGGAGCCUUAUACUGGAAGAAGAAACAACCAAAUCUUACAAGGGCAGUUGAAAAUAUACAGAUUACCGAAGAGGAUAAUGAGAUAAGUAUGUUGCAAGAGAAAGAAAGAGAGUUUCAAGAAGUGUAAUUGUGGCUUAUAUCAACACUGUUACUUUUGUACAUAGGCGAGUAACAGUUCAUGUUUGCUUCAUAAAUGAAGCAGCUUUAAAGAAAUUCAUAUUCUGUCUGGAGUGACAGACCACAACUUUACCUGUUCUUGCUACCCAUGACUCUAUAUGGAUGAUUCAGAAAUUGGAACAAAGUGUUUUACUGUGAAACUGGCACUGAAUUAAUCAUCUAUAAAGAAGAACUUACAUGGUGCAGGACUCUAUUUUAACGACCUGGGGGACUUGUAGUCUCAUUUAGAACCUGCAACUGAUGUUGGGAGAGAAUGCACGUGUCCCAGACUGCGCGCCCGUUUUGCAUGCCUCCAGAAAUGUCUAAUUGCUGAGAAGCCACAUAGCUUUAUUUUCAGUUACAAUUUGCAGUUUGUAGUUAUCUUAGUCCCCUCAAGUAGAGUUCAGCCUGGAGCGUCAGGGUAGUAAUUUUUCUCAAAGGGAUCUAGAGGGAUUUUAAAUCCAAAAAACUUGAUCGCAUCUGCCACUGUACAUAUGAAAAGCAGUGAAGGAAAAGUGAUUGGAAUAGGUAUCAUGUCAGCCUUGUAGUUGCUGAUUAAUGAUAUGGGUCUGAUCUCGGUCUCUUCCUGAUAUAAAUCAUGCUCAGCCCUAUCCCACUAGACAGAUGGACAUGGUUGGUUGCAUCUAUCUGUGCUGGGGAGCCAGCACUGAACUAGAACAGUGAUGCCUUUGCAAAGAGGAGACUCCCCAAAAGAGUCAUUGCACGAAGAACAUACGAAUACUGAACAGCACGAGAGUCACCGAGGAGGACAUUUGUCAACCCUGCUGAAGUCGGCCUUUUCCAUUGACCACUGUAAAGUGCAUAAAUCAUGCUUGCAAAAUACAUUGCAAAAUGUUUAUAUUCUAAAACUAUUACAGAGUUAUGGAAGGGGACUUGGGGAAAUUGCUGAAUGUAUGAAGGUCCCGUUUUCAAUUUCCACCAUGGGAGAGAGUAAAUAUAAAUUAUGACAUAUAGUAUCUAAGGUUAGAAAACCAUACCCACAUGCUAAUAUGGGUGUUGAAACUAGGUUACUUGGCUUUUACAAGAAUGCAAGAAAUCAGAAAACUCUACUUAUUUAUAGUAUAAUCACCAUUAUCUGUUUAAAGGAUCCAUUUAUUUAAAAUCAGGCAUUCUAUAUCCAUUAAGGUUUAUGAAUUAAAAAUAAAAAGAGAGCUUUAUGUAGUUAUGCAUGUCAGUUUGCUACUUAAAAUGUAUGACUGCGUUUGUCAUAUUAAGAGUGAAUUUGGCAGGAAUUCCCAAGAUGGACAUUGUGCUUUUAAACUUGUAAGAGUUUGUAAGAAAUUGUAAGAUGUGAAUUUCCCUUGCCAUUUUUUAUUUAACAGUCAAAGGAACAUCUGACUGAAGUCAAAGAAUGCAUUCCUAUGGCUUAUUUUGAUGAAGGUUCUUUUGCAAUAUCAUAAACAUACACAACAUAAAGGAAGCCAAAGCUUUCCAUUAUAACUUAAUUCUUAUAAUAACAUUAUUGCCAAAUACUACCACCAUCAGAUGACCAUUUUCAACGUAGUGAUACAAAAAGGCAUGAGAAACUAACUGCUAGCUUUUCUUUGAUUUCUAAAAUGUAAGAAUUUCUAGUGUAGUUGGAUUUUAGCUUACAUUCAAAUCUAAUCCAAAUAUAACUUGAAUACGUGGCCUUUGCUCUUUUUUGUACCAAAGAGCCUAAACAAUUUCUACGAUCCCUUCUCUAAAGUGCUGUGGUUCUUUGAACACUUGUCAUUUUUCUAAGAUACACCUUAGUGCUUUGGGAAGCUCCAUUAACCUAUUUAGGCCCUCAGAUAUCACGUGAUAUAGUCAAUUAGCAAUAGAAACAGAGGUCAGUUUAAUUGCUGAAAGGACCUGUCUCAGUCAUGUGUCAUUGAUUGUUUAGAGGAAAAUAGACAUAGAUUAAUAUGAGUUUAGGAGUAGGUCACAACUAGAUUGAGAAGAUUAAUGCUUAGUAGUUGGACUUGUUUCACCAAUGGUUUUGAUCUUCAUAGGCAUGUGACAAUGUUGUUUAAUGAGCUUGAGAGGAUAAUAAAUGCACUUUUGUUCUCAACUAGUAUCUGGGUCUUAACAUGCAAAGACAGGGUCCUAAUCAAUAGAGUUAAAUAAAAAAAUUUCAGCAAAUUACGAAAUCUGGCAAGGCAGGUAAAGGGAAAUAUAUUCUGCCUAAUUAAAUAUAUUGGUUCAUUGAGAGUUACAUCGAUUACCAGUUUUUAAAACACUGAAUUUCCAUAAAAUGCAUGAACAAUAGAAAAAUGCUGAACAUUAUUUUGGAUGCUAGCUGCUUGGGCAUUAAUUGUGUCAUAUCUGCUUUAGGACACAUAUAUAUAAUAUAUACAUAUAAAUUCGUUUUGUGUUCUGAAUAUUUUUCAUAAAUCAGUGUUUCAAAAUUGCCUUUUAAACUGAUCUUCAGAAAUCUGCAGAUUCUAAAUUAUACUGAAAGCUUUGUACCUUUGGUAGAACCCAAGUUUAUAAAGAAACUAGCUCUGUGAUAAACUAUUCUUGCCCAGUGAUAUCCAAGUGCUUCUGGAUUUUGUACUAUAAUCUAAUGUGCUCACCACACUGCCACUUUUUAAUGAUUCAGAGACAAAUUGGUUGUUUUAAAAUACAAUAAUAGAAUAAGUAACCUGCCCCCUUCAAAGAGGUUUAAGUAUGUGAAAAAUGAAAAGGUAUGAAAAAGCAUGUGUCCGUAAUGAGGUAUUUGUUCUGUAGUAAGAAAUAUAUUUCAUUAAGCAUUAAAAUAUUUUGGAGAAACAAUGACAUGUUUUGGAACUCUAAUUCAAUUGAAGUGAAAUUAACAAAAGUGUUCAGAAUUCAUGAAUAUUACUUACUGUGUUUCUGCAGCUACGUUUUGGUUUCAAAAUGUAAUUCCAAUAUUCACAUUUAGCCCUUCCAUAUCUAUGCUCCUUUAACUACAAAUUAUUUUUCCAAAAGGCAGGUUUAGCAUAGCAGAGUAAAUGUUGGGGAAAAAUUGUAACAAUUCUCCACUUUGCUAUUAACUGAUAUUGGUAAGUCACUGCCCCUCAUUGGGUCUCAGUUUUGUAUUUACCUAUAUGGAGAACCCAGAGGUCCCAUAUUAGGUGGGAAAGCUAUUGAUAGAAGACUGACAAUGAAAAUAAAAGAGAGAGCUGAAACCACCCCAUGCAAAAUAUUCAACUCUGGUCUCAGUGAAUAAGCAACUUGAACAUAAAAAGUCAUGGCUGCCUUGGCCGGGGAGCUCCGUUGGUUACAGCAUCAUCCUGAUGCCCCAAGGUUGCGAGUUUGAUCCCUGGUCAGGGGCACAUACAAGAAUCAACGACUGAAUGCAUAAAUAAGUAGAACAACGAAUCAAUCAAUCUCUCUUCCCUCACCCUCCUUCCCUCCGCCCUUCCUCUGUCUCUUAAAAAAAAGUCAUUACUGUUCUUGUUUGUAAUGUAAAUAGGGUCCAUUAGUAAAAGUGAAACUUAGUCUCUUGUGGGGUGAAUUGGAUAACCAUUUACAUAAGAGAUAGCUUUUUCCUUUGCUUAAAUAAACGUUUUUGGAUCACCUCUGAAGAAUGAAAAGCACUACUAUGUUUUAGUCAUUUUAAUCAGGAAGAGAUAUAAGAUGUGUGUAACAUUUGGUAAUGUACCAAAUGUAACCAUUUAAAUCUCAUUUUCUUAAAAGCUAAGAGCAGAAAAUGUAAGAUGCUCAUCAAGUUUUUUAGAAUGCCAAAAGAUAAUUUAGAAUCUAUUUGGAAAGGAGUAAUUCAUAAAUUUAAUUUUAAGUUGGAAAGCAGGAAAAGAAUUUUAAAAUAAGCUAGCUUGUCUUUGAAACAACAUUUUGAAAUUGUCAUUAAAAUAUAAACACUCAGAUUGAAAUUCUGACUUGUUUAUUUAUGAUAUCAGGUCACAUAAUGGAUGAUGUUGCUGCUUUCCAUGAACAAGUCUGGAAAUGCUUUUGUUUGUAAAGAAAAAAUAAUAGUGCUUUUAUUUCCUAACAAGCUAUUGUUUUAGAAAUAAUCCAUAUUAAAAUGGAUACUCAUGACCCUAAAUAUUUGCUAAGCAUUUUAAACUGAUAACUGCCAUCUCCAACUACAUCCUUAUGAUGUUUUUGAAAAUAAGAUUAAGUUAACUGUAAACUAAAAACUGUAGUAUUUUCACUUACUUGUUUUUUGAGCUGUAAGACUCACUAAAUGACAUGUUCUAACAAAAUACCCUAUUCUCCUAUGUUCUAAAGAUUAAUAUGUGAUUUUAGUGUCCCACUUGCCAAAGUUUUUUAAAUUAAUGGAUGUGGAAAGUAUUCAUUUAGAUGAAUGCACAGAUGCAUUGCUAGUUCAGUCAGAUUGGAGUUUUCCUAUUGUAAUGUAAAUGUAUGUCAACACUGUUCUAAAUAGUUUUAUUAUGACAAGUUUAAUUAAAUAAAAAAGGUUGUAAAAUGUGAUGUGUAUGUGUAUAUACUGUAUGUGUACUUUUUAAAAUAGGUAUAUGUUCUGACCUUUUUUAUACAGGUUUGAAUUUGAAAUUACAUUAUAUAUACAUAUACUUUAUUGUUCUAAAUAAAGAAUUUUAUGCACUCUCAUAAA